ACGACGAGAAUUCAUCUGUACACGGUGUCGUGACUGAGGACGGUCUCUUCGAUGGAACGAUCUUUACGGCCUCCGAUGAGAUUUACAUCGAACCGGUCAGCAGAUACGCGCCCCUCGUGUGCCAUAACCAGGGCGGAGAAGGAAACGACACCACGGACGUUAUGCAACACCACACGAUCGCGUACCGUGCCGUGGACGUGGGCCUGCCCCGUCGAGAGGAACAUCCGUGCGCUAGUGAACGAUUGCGACAAGAUACAUUGAAGGAGUUGAGGACGAACAGGACGUGGAGUGGAUAUCUCGGGGACACAAUGCGGCCGCUUUAUCAACACCAGAACGAGGGGAAGUCCCGGCCGAAGCCGGGCUUCUAUCCGCAGGACGCGCGGAAGAAAGACCCCAUGGCGAGCUCGCACAAUUUGGAGCUACUCGACAGGUUGUACAGAGCACGGUAUUCGAGGCUGCUGCGGAAACGAACCUCCGUGGACCCGAAAAAAACCACCUGCAUGCUGUACCUGCAGGCCGAUCACACGUUCUACAAUCAUUACAAGUCCGAGGAGGCGUGCAUCGAGGUGAUGACCCGCCACGUGCAGCGCGUCAACUCCAUCUACAGGUACACGGAUUUCAAUCAAGAUGGCCAACCAGACAACAUAAGCUUCAUGAUAAAAAGGGUGAAAGUGCACGGCGAGGAAGCUUUGAACGACUCCACGUACAGGUUCACUGGAUCGUACGGUGUAGAGGAAUUCCUCGAACUCUUUUCCGAGGAAGACUACGACGCGUUCUGUCUGUCAUACAUGUUCACCUACCGUGAUUUCGAAAAGGGAACGCUGGGACUGGCCUGGACAGGUGACUUGAAGAAUGCAGGGGGCGUCUGCGAGAAGAACGGACAUUACAGGGGUAGCAUGAAAUCGCUGAACACUGGUAUAAUCACCCUGCUCAACUACGGGAAGCACGUACCACCGACGGUUUCUCACGUCACCCUCGCGCACGAGAUCGGUCACAACUUCGGAUCCCCGCACGACCCGGACGAGUGUUCGCCCGGCGGUGAGGACGGAAACUUCAUAAUGUUCGCGAGAGCCACCAGCGGGGACAAGCGGAACAACAAUCGCUUCAGCCCUUGCAGCCUGGUCUCCAUAAAUCCCGUUCUAAAUGCCAAGGCCCGCUCGACCAAAGGCUGCUUCGCCGAGCCCCAAACUGCCAUCUGCGGGAACGGGGUGGUGGAAGACGGCGAAGAGUGUGAUUGCGGCUGGGAGGAGGACUGCAACGACCCUUGUUGCCACCCUCAACGACUCCAUCAUGCCCCUCAUGAGAUACCUUGCCGCCUUGCCGAUGGCGCGCUGUGCAGUCCUAGCCAGGGCCCAUGCUGCACGUCGGGCUGUACUCUGCGCAACGGCGAUAAGUGCAGGGACGACAACGGAUGCAGAGAUGCGAGCUUUUGUGACGGCCGUGGUCCCCAGUGUCCGCCAUCCAUCAGCAAACCUAACAAGACCAUAUGCAACAAUGAGUUCGUCUGCUACAUGGGGGAAUGCACCGGCAGCAUUUGCCUGGCUUAUGGCCUGGAAUCCUGUCAGUGCAUCGCCGGCCCCGAGGAUCCCCCGACCAAGAGCUGCGAACUGUGCUGUAAAUUGCCGGGAGAGGAUCAACCAUGCCUAUCAUCGUUCGCAUGGAACUCGGCGCCAUACGAUAUUCCUGACAUGCUGUCGAAGCCAGGCACACCAUGCAACGACUACAAUGGCUAUUGUGACGUCUUCCAAAGAUGCCGAGAGGUGGACCCCAGCGGACCAUUGGCAACUUUAAGAAGACUCCUACUGUCGGACGCUAGCUUAGCAAGCUUCCAAAGGUGGCUGACCGACUUCUGGUACAUCGUGGUGAUAAUUAGCUUCGUUCUGAUGCUGAUUCCAGUGUUCGUGAUACGUUUCCUGAACAAACGGCGCAACACGCGCGUCAAGAUUCUGUCCACGACGGACAGCCGUCCAAAAUCAGCUGGCCAGCCCGCAAACACCGGCGACGAUCCAGCGAAAGACUGCUCGUCCGUGCGGAAGAUCCACUCGAUGGGCAUCUCGCGGCUAAAGAAGAGGAUCGUGGAGACGAUGAAGAGUAUCGCGUCGCCGAUCCGAAAGAAGGACGCGUCCUCGGAAGCGAACGGGUUCUUCGGCUGGGUCUCCCGGUUCCUGGGCAGCAACGCUGCUCUUGCUAAUUCCGAGGAGCGUUCCUCGAACGAGGUCGAGCAACUGUAUAGAAACACCAGCGAGGGAGCUAAGUGCAACGUCAAAGAGGAGCAAAGAGGAGGAAAACCUGACUCGAUGAACGCAUUCGACGGCUGGAGGCGGAUUUACCUGCUGUUCCUCUGGAACCCGAGCAACGGCUCCUCGCCGAGCCGGAGGAAACCGAACAACGGCGAAUCGGCCAGGAACACCGCGUGGAAGAGGAGCGGGCAGGUCGAGAAACUCUGCACCACGUCGAAGACGAUCGUCAACCCUUGCCGCAGGGGCGACAGCUAUCAAACCGAGCCGCUGGUCGCGCCGGACACGCCGGACACGCCUGGAGAAUCGUCGGAGACCAGGAUUCAGACGUCCGACUUGACCGUGUUACUGGCGGACAGUUAGUUCCGAGAAGACCUCGCGAGCUAGAAGCCAUUUCGUGGAAGCGUCCAAGCUUCUCGUUGCCAUUCGCAUCGUUUCGGUGUUCUUCUGCCGGAGUUUCGAAUAUCGGCUCGAUAUUCCGGUGAAUCAGAUUCACUCUGGGUUUUGCUUCUCGUUGGACAUUAUAAUACAUCUUUAUUUGUUGUACGACUUGUUUACCGUGUAACUGAAUACAGGUAGCCCUUCUACGACACGACGAGAUAAAUUGAAACAUCGUUUAACGCUGCAACUUACACGGUUUCGCAGCUCGGUGAGAAAAUUACGGAAACCUUUCUAUAACACUGUACCGCAGCACUAGGUAACAUGAUUUUUGUUUAGUAAAUUUUAACCCUUUGCACUCGAGACUCACCUUGAUUUCAUGGAAAACUAUAAAAUUUGAUAUACGUCGUUUAAUGCAUCAUUUUGAGGAAUAUUGAAAUGAAUAGCUUUGUUCCUCGAUGUAUGUGAUUUCUCGUCGAUAGUUUCACAAAGUGUCUUUAUCUCAUCAGGAAAUGUUCAGAUGUUUCUAGUGAAAAACUUCCGAGGCGGAGGGUUGAAAUUAAACUACAUUAGAAUAAUGAUGGAAGGACAGUAAAACUAUAAAAUUUGAUAUUUAAUAUUAUACCCCGUAUAAAGCAUCAAUUUGGGAAAUAUUGAAAUAAAAUAGCUUUACUCCUCAAUGUAUAUGAUUUCUCGUCGAGUUAGAUUGAAAAUAUCGUCUGUGCCUCAUCAGAAAAUGUUCAAAUAUUUCUAGUGAAAAACUUCCGAGGCAAAGGGUUCAAGCUGAAUUACCACAGAAUGACAGGAAGAGCGACGAGGCUCGUUUAACACGAUUUCACACAAGAAAUUUUUGGAAGCUGUGUGUUACAAGAGGGUUGCCUGUACUGUAAGAUACUAUAAGGACACCAUCCUCGACCAGUUUUUCGUUUCUCGAGAAUCCUCCGAGCGAAUGGAAGACGGUAAAGGGGGAUAGCAAUACGGAAAAUCGAAAACUGAUCGAUUGCGGUGCUUCGUAUUUUUCUUGAAAGAAAGCUGUAUAUUUUUGUAGGUGUGUACGGUUUGUGGGAAACGGUGUUUCGUGUCCGAACCGUGGCGCAACGCUUGAAUUGUAAUUUUCGCUCGGAGAGGAGUCCACGGAACGGUUUCCAGAACUGUGUACUAAACUUAGGUCUAAGGAGACAAUAUUUUAUCUCUACUCGUGUAAUAAAACGAUCGAUUCCGGCGGGAACCGAGCGUUAUCGGGCGCCAAAGAUCCGCGUGUAAAUAUUGUACAGACUCUUGUACCGCUGUCGCAAUAGAUUAGUUUCUAGGGGUGUAAGGGGGGUGAGUGCUCGCGCGCGGGAAGUUUGCGGAACGAUGUGGAUUCUUGUGAUUCCGUGUAGUCAGACUGCUCUUCGCAUAGAAGCGGACCAAACAUAGGGGGUGGAGAGUCCAGCGCUGAACUCGUAGAUGUGUAUAUAAAUGAACAAUUGUUACUGUACAAUAAAUCGUAUGUCAUCAUUCACUAUCGCCCUGCGAAUGAUUAUUGCCAUCGAGUUAAACCUUUUAUUUCUGUAUCCUGCAUUUAACCUGUACUUCGAUCAUUUGCUAUAUAGAAUUUAAUUUAAGUGCACCUACUUAUUUUAAUAAUAAAUACUAUAGUUGUUUAUAACAUAACUAUGGGAUAUAGAUGUGGCGCUCCCGUGUUUCCCUAAUGUUCCUGAUUGAAAGAAUGAAAUGAUAUAUUAAACCAUAAUUGAAUUAAAUGUUGAUGCAAGCCUCAGACUUUUUUACA